GAAAAUCAGAUAAGAAUCAGAUAAGAAGACUCCGUGACCCAUGUUUACGAUAGCUGAGGACUAAAUAUAUAGAUAUGGUGUGCGUAGUGUUAAUCAUUUUCUUGUAUUUAGGUAUAACCCUCGGAGCGGAGUAUAACAAGUGCCCGGUCCUUGUUCGUGAGAUUCCAGGGAUCUGUGAAGAUUUCCACUACUCCAAGUAUUGUCCGGACAGCUGCAGAAAUCAUCAGUUGACCUGUCACAACUGUCAUAACACUCAUCAUCCUGAUGCCUGCACCAAAACUACCACGUGUCAGUCAACAGAGGCAUGCGUCAUCACGGCUGCUUUAGAUCCUUCCUUCAGAAUUACUUACAGACAGGGCUGUUUUUCCAAACAGAAUUGCAGUUUGUUUGUCCACGACAACAUUUCUGGCAGGCGGCGGAAUGCGGUCCUUCCCGGGGACUGUUGUUACACUUCCCUUUGUAACCACCGUAAACCGGACGAAACUAGCAGAGAAGCUCUGACGUGUUACUCCUGCACGGAGACAGAUAAUCCCAAGAACUGUGUGACGACAACACAGUGUCUACCAGACCAGCUAUGUGUCGUCACCCAGGCCCUGAAUGCCAAUUUCAAGAUGGUCUACCGACUUGGUUGCAUGGACCGCCACCAAUGUGAUGCGUUUCGUCAUGAUGGUCUUGGAAACAGACGCUCUAUAGUUGCUAUGGGUGAUUGCUGUGAUCACGAUCGUUGUAAUUCGUACACACCAGAGGAAAUUGGAUCCCCCACAUUCAAUUCCAAAGAUUGUAAAGACGUGGACGCUAAUGUCUGCCAUGGUCUGAGACAUUCCAACCACGUAGAUCGCUGUCAGGACAAAGAAUUCGCCAACGUGUUCUGUCCAAAAACUUGCAACACCUGCUUUAAGUGCUACAACUGUUUCGUUGCGAGUGCUCAAAACUUUAAUCUGUGUUCCAAGAGCAACUACUCCGUGUGUGAAACUAAAACACAGUCCUGUGUCACAGACCUAUUCAACGGGAUAACAAUGAUGACUUGUGUCAAUGAUACACUUUGUGCAGAUGACAAAAUCAACAAUGAUAAAAAAUGCUGUAAACAUGAUUUCUGUAACACGCUCGACUCACUCACCACAACACCAAGUACAGUGAAAACGAGUCCUACCACAACGGAAGUGACGACACCAAGUACAGCGAAAACGAGUCCUACCACAACGGAAGUGACGACACCAAGUACAGUGAAAACGAAUCCUACCACAACGGAAGUGACGACACCAAGUACAGUGAAAACGAAUCCUACCACAGUCAAAGUGACGACACCAAGUACAGUGAAAACGAGUCCUACCACAACGGAAGUGACGACACCAAGUACAAAGAAGACAAGUCUCACAACAGGAAGCACAUUCGGAUUUAUAACAAUACCCCACCAACAACCAACAACCACCGCCCAUAUCUGGGCCACACUCGGCACGCCCCCUCACUCCACAAAGUGGGUCACUUUACCCCGGUCGGGACACGGACAACAACCACCGUCAAGGAAAUAACUUUCGAACUGUAAAUAUGUAUAUUUAUUGGAAUAAAUUCACAAAUACGUGUAA